AGCCACCGAAAUAUCACACGCAAAAAAAAAAAAACAAGAGAAAAAGGAGCCAGAUUCUUUCAAUUCUUCCACGGUUCACCUCUCUCGUGCUCCAUCGCCUCCUCCCAUGGCCUCGGCGAACGACGGCGACCGCGCGGCGGCGGGCAUCCUGCGGCUGCUGCUGGGGAUGGCGGCGGGGGCCCCGACCUCCGCGCCAUUGCCGCGGGGCAGCCGGCUGGUGAUGGUGCAGCACUUCAUCGUAGGCGACGACGGGGACCUGUUCUCAAGCGGAGUCAGCGGCGGCGGCGUGCCGCCGGCGUCGAAGUCCGCGAUCGCCGCGCUGAAGGAGGUGAAGGCCGGGGAGGACGGCGUGGGCCCGCUGGGCGACUGCGCGAUCUGCCUGGACGGGGUGGAGGACGCCGCCAAGGAGAUGCCGUGCGGGCACCAGUUCCACGGGGAGUGCCUGGAGCGUUGGCUCGGCUUGCACGGUAACUGCCCCGUCUGCCGCCACGAACUGCUGCCGGCGGCGAAGGAGGAGGAUGCCGCGGCGGCGGAUGGCGGCGAGGAGAGGCGGAGGCCGAGGGCCGCUGUGGUGGUGAGCUACCUGAUGCUUGCAGGCGAGCGGGAGCAGCAGCAGCAGCAGCAAGAGAGAGAGGAGCCGUGGACCAUUAGGAUAGAGGACGUGGAUUAGGAUUAGGAGCUCUACGGUUAGGCGUCUAAUCACUUUCAAUUGGUUUACGGAUUGGUUGAAGUGGGUUGUUUCUCUUCUUUUUGUGCAUAUAUAAUGUGAUUUGUAACUACGGGAGGAAGAAAUUGGGUAACUGUGAAUACUUUGUAAUGCCGAAGACAAUGUAGAACAGAGGUUCAAAUUCCAUGGAUCAA